AUGAGGCUGACUUUGGGACUUUACCUGCUCAGCAGCAGCCUGCUGGCAGUUACUACUCCUGUCAGUCUCAAAGAGCCAUCCACUUCCUCCCUGGCUCAGUGGCUGUAUACCAGUGACAUCGACGAUGAAGCACUCUCCCUCUUAGAGCGCCCCGAAAUCCAUGGCAUCCAAAGCCUGUACACCUGGAAAUCUCUCGAGCCCCGAAAGGACCAGUACGACUUCUCUGCCAUCGACAAUGACCUGAACCACACCCAAACCAAGGGCAAAAGUCUCUGGGUACAAAUUCAAGACCGCACUUUCAGCAUUGACAGUAACCCUGUCCCGAAAUACCUCCACAGCCCAAUAUACAACAACGGCAGCGUACCCCAAUGCGACGGCGAUGAUUGCGACAACAACUUCAUAGCUGGUGGCUGGGCCACUGCUCAAUGGAACCCUCAUGUGCGCGAAAGGUUCCAGCGCCUGCUGAAGGCUCUUGCUGCCAGGUUCGAUGGCCAGGUUUACGGCUUUAAUCUCCCCGAAACAGCCAUCGAGGUCCAGUCCAAUAACAAUACCACUGGCUAUACCUGCCAGGACUACUUCGAGGGCACUCUGGACAAUGCCCGCUACGCCGCUAGCGUCUUUAACCGCUCCUACGCCGUGCAAUAUGUUAACUUUUGGCCGUGCGGCUGGGCGAACGAGAACAAUUACUUGUCCGACUCAUUCCAGUUUUUCGCCGAAAAUGGCGUCGGUGUAGGUGGACCGGACAAUAUUCCCUUCAAGCAGACCAUGGAGAAUAACGCCUAUCCAUAUAUGUCGGAGUAUCGGAACAAGGUCCCUAUCAACGUGGUUGCUGUGCAAGAGCCUGAUUUGGCGGCAAUCAAUCCGAAUACAAGCAAGCCUUUUACCAAGGAAGAGUUUAUUUCGUUUGCGGAGGAACAGCUUGGGUCUCGGAUUCUGUUCUGGGCUUUAUCCAGUCCGUGGUUACAUCAGUAG